AUGGCUUCCUCCCCCUCUGCUACCACCGCUGCCUCCUUCUUCGCCACUGAUCAUCUUACCAAUCCUGCCCACCCUCUAUUUCUUCAUCCUGGCGAAAAUCCAGCCCUCAUUCUUGUCAAUCCGCCUCUCUCCGACAACAAUUAUCAACAAUGGCGACAUGACAUGAUUGUCGCUCUUGAAACCAAAAAUAAAGACAAAUUUGUUCUUGGUACCAUUUCUUGCCCUCCUCCUACUGAUGUUCUUCAUGAAGCUUGGAAAAGAUGCAACAAAAUGGUGAUUUCGUGGCUGACGCGUUCUAUGACUCUCCCCAUCAAACAAUCUGUUAUGUGGAUGGAUUUUGCGUCCGCGAUUUGGAACGAUCUCUAUCAACGCUUUUCUCACGGCGAUAAAUUCCGCAUCGUUGAUCUUCAAGAAGCCCUCCAAUCUUGCAAACAAGGUGACUCCACUGUCUCUCAGUAUUACACUCGUCUUCAAAUUAUCUGGAAAGAACUCUCUUUGUAUCAAACUGUUCUUGUCUGCACCUGCAAGUCUCCUUGCAAUUGUGGCCUAUUAACCAAGAUUCAACAAGAACGUAACGAUGACUCUGUCAUUAAGUUUCUCCGUGGUUUGAAUGAUGAGUUUUCCCAAGUUCGCUCUCAAAUUAUGCUCAUGGAACCUAUGCCGAUUCUCCCUAAAACCUUCUCUUUGGUUCUUCAACAAGAACGGGAAUUUCAUCAUUCCUCCUCCCAAAUUCCACAAGAUUCCAUGGCUAACGUCAAUUUCCAAGAUCCUCAGAACAAGACCUUUAAUACCUCUCGUGGUGCGUUUUCUGGACGUGGCCGUGGUCAUAUCACCAAAUUUGGUGGACGCGCCAAGUAUUGUGAUCAUUGUAAGAGAACCAAUCACACCUCUGAUAAUUGCUGGAUUAAAUAUGGCCUCCCUCAAGGUUAUAAACCCACCAUCAAAAUGGAUGCUGCUCCCUCCAAUACUUCUGCCCACUUGACUGAUAGCACUUCACUCACCCCCACUGACUCCACUGUUGACAAAACACACAUCCAGUGCCAUUUUACCCAAGAACAGUAUGACGUUAUUCUUGACUUGUUGAAACAGCCUCCACCUCCUACUCCUAGGGUGGCCAGGGUCAAUCAAUGUACUCCACAAUCAUCAGGUUUUGUUUCUAACGCUAAUUUUUCUUCUUGGAUUAUAGAUAGUGGAGCUACCGAUCAUAUAUGUUCUUCAAAAUUUCUUUUUAAAACUCUACAACCUAUUACUCCUAUUUCUAUACGCUUACCAAAUCAAAGUUUUGUCACUGCUGCCUUUUCUGGGACUGUCAUCUUAGAUGCAUACUUACAAGACGAUUGGAGUAGCUAG